AUGACAGGCCCUUCCGACGUGAUCCUAAAACUCAGCAAAAGCGUUAUUCGUCGCUAUCGCAAUUCUGACGCGGAAGCUAUAGUGGAGGCCGCAGAUUCGCCCCAGGUCUCGGCAUACAUGAUGGCAACUUUUCCAAGCCCCUACACGCUGCAAGAUGCGGUCAACUGGAUCGAGAUCGCGGGUCAAGAAGGAAGUCUUUUUUUCGCCAUAUGCACUCCCGACAGCGAUAUCGUCAUUGGUGGCUGUGGCUUUCAGCAUCUCACAGGUGAACAAUCGCGGACCAAGGUCCUUGGAUAUUGGUUGUCGCCCAAGUAUUGGGGCCAAGGCAUCAUGACGGAAGUCAUAGCGACUCUGAGUCACUGGGCAUUUGAACAAGUUCCCACGCUUCUGAGAAUAGAAGCAACGGUUUUUAAGGAAAAUAGAAGGAGCAUCAAGGUUCUGGAGAGAGCAGGAUAUCAUCAUGAGGGAAUCAGACGCAUGGCGGCGUUCAAAAACGGGCGAGCUUACAACACUGUAAGCCUAGGAUUGAUCCGCCAUGAGGGGAUCGGACUCGUGAAAGAGAAGACGGAUGAGACUGCUUAG